CACAGAGAAAGACGAACGAGAGCGAGAGAGGCGGAGAGGCUAGAGAUACCACGGACUAACCGGUAAAGGUAUUGCGGGUCUCAAACCCACGACAAACGCGGAGCGCUGACUCUCAUUUCGAGGAGAGAGGGAGUCGUGAUUGAAAAAAGGAAGGGGAGGGGACGGAUAACUUUGACAGACCCGGACUGGCCUCAAGCAGCUGACACGAGCCCUGGUUCCAUUUUGAGUGACAACAACAAAACAUUGAUCUGAGGGAACUCCAGCGUUCUCACCACAACAGAUCGGCACCCCUUCACCACCCCCCUUGCGCUACUCCACUCCGGAGCCCCUCGACCUGCCACCAUGACGUCGGAGCUGGAGAGCAGUUUGACCUCCAUGGACUGGCUGCCGCAGCUUACCAUGCGGGCGGCCAUUCAGAAGGCAGACGCCCAGAACACUCACGGGCCGGGCAUGGCUAAGAAGAGCGCCUUGCUAGAUCCCAACACCACACUGGACCAGGAGGAGGUGCAGCAGCACAAGGAUGGCAAACCGCCCUACAGCUACGCCAGCCUAAUCACGUUCGCCAUCAACAGCUCGCCAAAGAAGAAAAUGACACUUAGCGAGAUCUACCAAUGGAUCUGUGACAAUUUCCCUUAUUACAGAGAAGCUGGCAGUGGGUGGAAGAACUCAAUACGGCACAAUCUCUCGUUGAACAAGUGUUUUCUCAAAGUGCCUCGCUCCAAAGAUGACCCAGGAAAGGGUUCGUAUUGGGCAAUUGACACAAAUCCAAAGGAGGACACGCUGCCCACACGGCCCAAGAAGAGGCCACGGUCUGGAGAGCGGGCAUCCACGCCGUACAGCCUGGAGUCGGAUAACUUGGGAAUGGACUGCAUCAUCUCUGGAAGUGCCUCUCCAACACUGGCAAUCAACACUGUGACUAACAAGGUGGCAUUGUACAACCCAGACCAGGAUGGGAGUGACAGCCCUCGAAGCAGCCUUAACAACAGUCUAUCUGACCAGAGUCUGGCCUCUGUUAAUCUCAACAGUGUGGGCAGCGUGCACAGCUACACGCCGGUGACAAGUCAUCCAGAGCCGGUAUCCCAGGCCAUGAGCUUGCAGCAGGCCCCGCAGGCCCAGUACAGCAUACCGGACCGCGACAAGCAGCUGCUCUUCUCGGACUUCGAAGAUCUUAGUGCCUCCUUCCGCAGCCUUUACAAGAGUGUGUUCGAGCAGUCCUACAACACACAGGGUCUGAUGGGCAUGCCGUCGGAGUCCUCUCAGCAGACCCACACCUCCUGCUCUUACCAACACUCCCCCAGCAGCACCAUCAGCAGCCACCCUCAUAACAACCAGAACAGCAUCACUAACUCUCACCCCAACAGCAUCCCCAACAGCGGUAGCCAGGUGCCUCUUUCCCACCCCCCUCAUUCCUCCCACAACUCCCCCCACGGACAGCACCUCUCCCAGCAUGGCUCCCACACCCAGCACAGCCAGCACCCGCAGCACAGCCAACAUCCCCAACACAGCCAGCACGGCCAGCACCAGGCCCACGGUCAGCAACACCAACACCAGAAUCUGUCCCAUCAGCCCCAUCCUGCCCAGCAACAGAUGCAGUGCAACUCUGGUGACUGGUACCCCAACCUGGAUGCUCUGAAAGAAAGCUGCCGCAUCGCCAGCAGCUACAACUGGGCCGAUGUGGACCUUUCACCUUUUCAAGGUUUGAAAGAGAGCAUGAGGCAGGCGGAGCUGAAUAACUGGUCCCUCGAGCCCACUCAGAUGGCAGACCUCUGCUCCUCCAUCAAUCAGUUCUUUGCUCGCACUGGAAUCCAGCCACAGGGGGCAGUGCAGCCUCCGGUGUGCCACGGCUCCAUGCAUCCAAACAAGCCCAGUACACACAUCAACACAGGAAACAUGUACAUGGAUACGAGACAGAGCAUGAGUUCUAUGAUGGGUCCUCCGGGCUAUCCACACAUGCCCCCCAUGAACAGCCCUGGACCUACUAUGACAGGCCAUCACGCUCAGAUGAACCAGCAGCACAUGAUGCCUGCCGCAAACUUCCAGAUGCGACGCAUGCCCGCCGACGACAUCCAGGACGACUUCGACUGGGACUCGAUCGUCUAACCCAGUCCCCGAACGCCAAGAGUGUUGCAGACAAACGAGUGAAGAGCGGAUGGAAGCAGAGUGUUUGUGUUACAGUGUGAGAGGGCUGGACCUGGCGCGUCUGCACGCCCGUGACAGAAGGCAGAUUGGAACGGGACACUUGAACAGUGCAGGUUUUGUUCUGUAUGACCUGAAAGAGACUCCUGUGUUCCUGGUGUUUUUAUGAAAGAAAACGAAAAAAAAUCUAUUACUUUGAAGACAAUCACAUUUACUAGGACGGUUAAGUGAUCGCUUUUAUACUUGUCCGAGGGGCAAGUGUUUCAUGUUUAUGUCGAAACGUCUCCCCACCCACAGCCUUUCUGCAAGCCCACUCAAUUGCCAAGCUCUCCCCUGCUCUUCAACUGUUGUUCUGUGAUUUUUCGAGUGAUAUGUCCGGCUUGUUCUCCCCUCUCGUGGUGACUAACUCAGGCCUCGACUGCCUAUCCGACAAGAUCGGCUCUCUCAUUUGUGUUGUGAAAGUUCCUUCGAGAUGCAGGGCACCUUUUUGGAAGAGGGGCGACCGUGCAGGUGACGUAGUCUGUCUUCGAGUGAGGACGUUAGACGGUCGCUCUGAUGGGUGAGACGGCACCGGUUCUCCGUAAAAUUUUGCUUCUCUGACCCUACACACUGUAAUAUGUAGAAAUGUCGCCAGGCAUCUGAAUCUGAUUCUUGCAGAUUUGAAUUUUGUACGGCUCAUAACAAGACGUGUAAACCACAUUACCUGCAGUAUUUGUACUCGUGGAUCUUUGUUGUCUGAAGUGUAUCAUGUUUUUGUCACUUACUAGUUUUCGGUGAGUCUGGAAGCGUACAGGAAGUGAUAUCGAUCCAAACCUCACUAUUAGCAGUUUCUCUAUGAUCAUCAGUUUACGUUUGCAUGUACAAUCCUCAUUUGAGUUUUCUGUCUCUCACCUUGACCGUCACCUAUCAGUAUGUUUUCUUUUUGAUGAAUCGACUGAUAGUCUCCCGAUUGGACUGCACUUCAUUUAAUGCCCUCAGGACAUGUGUCGCUGAAUUUUUUGUGUUGUUCACUGAAUUGUGGGAUACUGGGAAGCCCUGUUUGUACGGUCAAAUCUGUGCGGAUCUGAGAUUCUGCUUAGCAUGAACUCGAGCACCUGCUCUUUGCUGCACGGACACAAACUUUUAAGAAGAGCAGUUCACCGUAAUGCUACUAGAAAGAAAAUGAUGUUUAGAUUUAUACACUAAUAACCUCAUUUUGAACUACAACACAACAUUUGCUUAGCCCACUAGUUCUUGUAAUAAAAAAACUGUAUGUUUCAAUCCAGAAUAGUGAUGGCGGGAACCGAUCUAUAGUACUAUGCUCUUAAACAAGGGAGUCGACUCUUUGCUCCAGGGGACUGUACUGUAUCUGCAGUCUUGAGUUUGAACAAAAUCUGCUCUAUUACAAGAAACUUAUUCAAGCAUACUCGAAUGCCCAUUAUAAUGGUUUAUAGAGGAUCCUUAGGUAUUUUGUGCAAUGUAGUUUAUUUAGGGCUAUCCGUGAUCACAAUCAUCUCUUUUAAAGAGCACAAAACUAAUGCACAAUUGUUGAAGAUCUAGACUAGAGGUCCAGGCGUUUACCUUUGUCAGGGUAUCUAUCGCUGAGAUGAGCACUUUGAGUAGGUCAGAUUUGGGAAAUAAUCAAGAUGAUUUAAAAAUGUCAAUGUAAAGCCAUAGAGUGCAGUCGAAUGGGGAAAUAGUGGAUCUGUUUUCGAAUGUUUACGCAUUUCAUUUAUCUUUCUUGCGAUUUUGUUGAAUUAUUUAUGCACGUGUAUGUGCUGACAGAUUUGACUUGGUAAAGUACAGUAAAAUGUUCUAACGACAAUCAUUUUUUUUUGUUUUCUUUCAGUAUUAUAAAAAGUGUUUCUAGAGGUCUUUGACGUGUAUUGGUUUCUUAGGCAUAGAUCGCAAAACAUAAAUGUCAUCGAUGUCCUCUUAAUAGUCAAUUAAAAGGCGAGUGUCACAAAAAACAAGAUCAAACGUCAAAGGCUUAUAAUUACAAAUAAUACUGUGCAUAAUUGGGUCAUAAGGCUGAAUAUGAUUUGAUGCUUUUUGACCAGUUGAAGAUUUUCAUGGUUAAUGAACCCAGUUGUCUUUUCUGGUUAUCUUUUGUUUACUUUUCAUCUCUUUAUGUACUGUGUUACAUAGCUAUACAAUUCAUCCAUACAUAACCAAGAUACAACGAAGCUGAUGGGAUUUAAGUUUGCAAAGUCGAAUCCUUACCUAAACCUUAAAAACCAUACAUUUCUGCUCAUUCAGAAUGCAGUGAUGCUGAAUCUGUGAGUCGGCUCACAUCGCCUACAACAGAGAAAAGAUUACAGAACUGUUUUCCACUUCACCCCACACCAAUAGUUCAUUGUCUGUAUUUGCAUCUGUUUUUUGGUUGUCAUGCUGUACACAUUGUGUUUUGAGCUCCCUACAUUUUCCUUUUUUUCCUCGAAAGCUUGUAUGUCCUGUGUUUAGUUUUGAAUGCUGUCCAAGUGUUCGCAAGCCUUGUUAAACUAGCCUCAGUGUUUGUCAUACAAAUAGCUUUCAGACCGGUCAUACGUGCACUUUGAAAAGAAUUAAGAAGCACAAGCGCUCAUGUUGUUCAUUAACCGAAGCAGGAUCUCAAAGCGUCCGCUCGCUCGCCGCCGAGCGCAUGUUGAGCCCAUCCUCAGUGUGAACUUUGAUAGCAUACUGUUGUGUACAGUACACCCCGUAUCACGGUUUGUCUCGAUGUUGACCUCAGAAGGACUGUCCGUUUUAAGUUGGAAAUAUUUCGUAUGUAUUGCCAAUCUAUUUGUGGUAGUGAUGUGUUUGGAUCUCUUGUUUGCCAAAGAGAGAAAGGUCGAUUUUGUAAUAUAUAAGGUCGCAGGUAAUGGGCGUCCUUCCCAGUUGAAGGGAAAAGUAAGUCUGAUGGAUCGGACUGAACGGAAAGCUUACGGGAGAGAAUGUGCGUGUGGAAAGGUGAUGAUUAGAUGCUCUCUCUCUCUUUUUCUCUAAAAUGAAAAAAAGGAAACAUUGCUCCUUUGAUUUUGUGUUUGUGUUGUGUGAAAGUUUUAACUGUUCGACUCGGUUUUCGUAAAACAAAACAAAAAAGAAAAAUACAAAUAAAGUGGAGAUGCAUCUGCCAGAGAGAUUACUGUAAUGAGAGGAAGGUUUGAGAAGCCUUGUUACAUUUGCGGGAGAAAACUGCCAACAAGUUCUGGUAUAUGGAGCCUAUUUUAUUCAUUGUUGGUGUGUUGUUGUGCUUAUUGUAAAUAUGUGUCUUUUCAAUUGUCCUUUUUCCUCUGGGGUGGUGAGGGGUCAAGGCAAGGGCUCGGGUUCACCUGCGAAAGAAAAGAGGGAGAUGAAUACAGAGUAUUUUGUUAUUGUCUAAUCCAAGGGUGACACAGUAUGUAUAUAUCUAUAUUGUAUAUAUGUGAUGAAAAUGCGUUGGCUUUUUGUGUGACACUACCUUUUACCUGUACUAUGGUUCAACAUUCAGUGUUUCAAUGUUUAUAUUCUAUUUUAAUCUUUGUUUUCUGUUUGAUUUUGUCCUGGUCAUUACUUGUAUUUGUUGUUUCCUUUAUUUUCCCCGUUUUGUCCUUUUUUGUUAUUGCACGGUUUAUUACUUUUGCUGUCCGAUAAGAUGACACGGCUUCUCUUUGUAUUGGUUUUAGUGCUGUAAAAUAACUCUGAAGUGUCAUUAGGAUUGUCAAUACUCCCCUUUCCCCGAUAUGCAUGAAUGGCACUUAAAGAAAUAAAAUAUGUUAACUUCA